GAUGAAGUUGUCAGAAUGAUUUCAGGUUUAUUACUUCAAGAAAAGGUGUUUGCAGCUCUGUGUCACAGAAGAAUUGGAAGUGCACUGUGCCAGCAGCAGCCCUGGGAAGCAGACUAUUACAUCCUGACGCGGAUCGGCCCCACCCGGAGGAUCCCAGAGAUGGCGAAGUACACGAGAGGCACCGUGACAGCCUUCUCUCCUUUUGAUGCCAGAGCUGAUGCAGAAGCUCUUCGUAAGGCCAUGAAGGGAAUGGGGACUGAUGAAGAAACUGUGCUGAAGAUCCUGACCAGCAGAAACAAUGCUCAGCGACAAGAAAUUGCAUCUGCCUUUAAAACCUUGUUUGGCAGGGAUCUUGUAGAUGACCUGAAAAAGGAACUUACUGGCAAAUUUGAAACGUUGAUGGUGUCUUUGAUGAGACCAGCAUAUAUUUUUGAUGCUCAUGCACUGAAGCAUGCCAUCAAGGGAGCAGGAACCAAUGAGAAAGUGUUGACUGAAAUCCUUGCCUCCAGAACACCCGCAGAAGUGCAGCAGAUUAAACAGGUUUAUCUGCAAGAGUAUGAGGCCAACCUGGAGGACAAGAUCACAGGAGAAACAUCAGGCCAUUUCCAGAGGAUGCUGGUGGUCCUGCUGCAGGUCAGUAGUGAGACAAAUGGAGCUUUUUCACAGGGUGUGUGGCCACAUGACAAAUGCUGCUGUUUUGAUCUCUUGAAUUCCCAACAGGUCUUGUUUAGAGCUGGGGAGCUGAAAUGGGGAACAGAUGAAGAAAAGUUCAUCACCAUCUUGGGCACCCGCAGCGUUUCCCACCUCAGGAGGGUGUUUGACAAGUACAUGACUAUUUCUGGCUUCCAAAUUGAAGAGACCAUUGACCGGGAAACCUCUGGUGACUUGGAGAAGCUGCUUUUGGCAGUUGUGAAAUGCAUCCGAAGUGUGCCUGCCUAUUUUGCUGAGACUCUGUAUUACUCCAUGAAGGGGGCUGGCACUGAUGAUGACACCCUGAUCAGAGUCAUGGUUUCCAGGAGUGAAAUCGAUCUGUUGGAUAUUAGACGGGAAUUCAGGAAGAACUUUGCAAAAUCCUUGUAUCAAAUGAUUCAGAAAGACACAUCUGGGGACUACAGGAAAGCCCUGCUGCUGCUCUGCGGUGGCGACGAUGAGUAACGGGGACACCCAGGAUCUCUUGUACUUCAGCUUUGCACCCCGUAGUUGGCAUGUCUACCUAAGUUUUUAUACCUUAAUGCUUUGUGGCUGCUUGAAUUUAUACUGGCAUUGCACUUAUUAGGAAUGAGCAUAUUGUUAGCCAAGUGAUCCCUUCUUCCCCACAUCCCAACUUACAGGAGUUUCAAGUGCCUUCUGUGACAUGAGUCAUCUUCAUGGAAGAUGGAUGCUGAGGACCAAGUUCUUUGCAAGUGUUUUUGCUGAAAUAGGAAAAAGUAAUCAUGUAUUGCACUAAUUGUUUGAAGAUUAUCCUUUUUUGCUUACAUUUCCACCAAAUGUUAAGCUGUUUCUAACAUGGCAAACAAAGCAAAGAUAUCCUUUGUAUGUAAUGUCUGAAUGAGUUUGCUGAACAUAAUACAAGCAAUCAUUGGAAAUCUAAAGGACCAAUAAAUUUUUCCCCUCUUAUCACA